ACCGAAAGAGUGGCAGGGCUUGCGGUCGGUAGGAAUUCGGAGGUGCUGGGCAGCCGUCCGUGGCUGGGUAUAGUUCCUUCCCCUGCCAUGAACGGUCCGGUGCGGACCGAGCCGCUGCACGGUGAGACCCCUCUGCUGGCCUCCAGCGACUCCUACUCGGUGGUGGUUCUGCUGCGCGGCUACGCGGAGCCGCAGGGGACCGGCGACGCGGUGCGUGCUGAUGGCACUGUGACCCUCGUCCUGCCCCGGGCCUGGGCCUCGGAUUCCAGCCGCCGAAGGUCCCCGUCCGCAGACGGCGGCGCGAAGACUGCCCUGGAGGAGGCGGUGCGUGGCCCCAUCCUCGUGGACACCGGGGGCCCCUGGGCUCGGGAGGCGCUGCUGGAAGCCUUGGCUAGGCAGGGCGUGGCCCCCGGAGACGUGACUCUGGUGGUGGGGACCCACGGGCACUCGGAUCACAUUGGGAACCUAGGGCUGUUUCCCCGGGCGGCUCUGUUAGUGUCCCAUGACUUCUGCCUUCCCGGGGGCCUCUAUCUGCCUCAUGGGCUGUGUGAAAGGCAGCCCUUGAUAUUGGGCUCCGGACUGCAGGUGUGGGCCACGCCGGGCCACGGAGGACAGCGGGACGUGAGUGUCGUAGUGGAGGGCACCAGCCUGGGCACCGUGGUGGUGGCUGGUGAUGUGUUCGAGCGCCUUGGGGACGAGGACUCCUGGCAGGCCCUGAGCGAAGACCCGGUAGUUCAGCAGCGGAGCCGGGAGAGGAUCCUAUGUGUGGCCGAUGUGGUGGUACCUGGUCACGGAGCCCCCUUUCGGGUGGUCAGGGGAGCAGUGAAGAGUUCGGAGGAUUUGGUGUGUGAAGACAAGGAGGCCGCUUAACUGGACUCCUAUCAGGAAAGCCCCUCCAGCGAGGAACUGGAGUCAGGGAGACCCAGAGGACACAGAGCAAGCAAGACUUGUCACUUGUCACAUUCAGCUUUGCCAGGAGGCAGCUUCCAAGCAGGAUGGAGUGACUGACAUCAGCCACCUUUAUCACUAUCUGCAACCUAAGCAGGACGAAGGACUGGCUCAACUCUGCACCUUCUGUGAGCCUCAGUAAAAUGCAGAAAAAAAAAUUUUUUUAAUUAAAAUAUUUAUGGGA